GGGCUGAUCGGUAGGGGGAGGCAGUGUUCGCGCGGCAAACGUCGCGGACAGUCGUGUGGUCAUGCGAGAAGCGACUGGGAGGAUGGCCGAGCUCCAGUUCGAAGCGCCUCUCGCGCAAAUCGAAGAAGCUGACGAUUGCUUCUCCACUGCGGAUUACCCACAAAAAACGAUAAAUGGCAACGACAUCCACCUCAAUAACAUAAACAAUCUCAAACGUGAAAUGAUCAAAAUGAAAAUCGAUUCCAACAAAAUAAACGAUAAUGACGAACCCAAACCGGUGAAGUGUAAACAGGAUAACGUGCAAAAUGGAGAAGGUGACAAUUUCACGGAGACUUUCUCCGGAUCUUUGGAGGAUCUGGUAAACACAUUCGACGAGAAGAUCACGAAGUGCUUUGGAAACUACGAGGAAAGCGUAGAGAAGCUCGCACCGGUUCAAGUUCGCUCGCAGGAAGAAAUAAUGAACGAGUGCCAAAUGUGGUGGACCAUCACUGGCAACUUCGGCAACAUCCUACCAAUCGACUGGACCAAGUCGUUCUCCAGGAAAAUGCAUAUUCCCACUCUCAACCUCAGCGACAAGAAGGGAGGUAUGAUGACUCCAGACGACGAAAUCCACAGCUCGGAAGACGAGGCCAUCUCUUCUGAUCUAGACAUGCACGCGCUUAUCUUGGGCGGCUUGCACCAGGACCACGAGUGCCCAGUCAAGACUGCCGACGAAGUAAUCCAAGAGAUAGACGACAUGAUGCAGGAGACGCCCUCUUCGGAAGGCGACCUUAUCGAGUACAACGAAGCCUUGGAGAAGGGCAAGGAAGUGCUUAGCCAGCCUCUCUACGAAGACAAACUUCGCCAGCUACCGCUCUCGCAGCUGAACGAAAUUUUCACGGAACUCGAAGUGUUAAUCCGUGAGUUCUCCGAGACUCUGAUCGCAGAACUGGCGCUGCGAGACGAGCUGGAGUAUGAGAAGGAACUCAAGAACACCUUCAUAUCCUUGCUACUGGCCGUGCAGAACAAGCGACGGGCGUACCAUAUAGAAAAGAAGAAACGACCUGGGCCACUAAGAUCUCCCAAUUUGAACAGCAGUAGUUCAGAACCAAAGUACUUGACCACAGUGAUUCCAUUCCACCUGGACAACGGGCCGCCGGAUAAUCAAUCUCUACAGGUUCUCAUUAAGAUCCUGAAAGCGAUAAACGAAGACAGCCCGACAGUGCCGACUCUGCUCACAGACUACAUCCUGAAAGUACUUUGUCCAACAUAAACCAACAACCUACCUUAGCUAAUAUCAUUCGUCUUACAUUGCAAAAAAAAGCACAUGAAAAAUCUAUUUCCCACAUCUAUUUAUAAUAUAAGCUUCUAUUCUGUGGCCCGUUUUUUAAUAAUAAUUUGGCUGGCACGAGUGUUCUCCGGGUGAUUUAAAAAAAUAAACGCGUUGCGUCAUUUUUUUUCCAUCCGCCGGUUGUGACGUUGUGAAGCCUGUCAAAUCUGUCAAUUAUUUUUAAAUAAACAGGCAACAGAAUCAAAGGUCGUGUACCUGAUGUUUCAGACGAGUGAAAUAAUGCUUUAGGAACUCUUGAGUAAGUAAAUAACGUUCCUCAAUUGUUAUCACUUUUUUUAAACAGCUUGUAUAUUGUGUACAAGUUGCAACGAAAUGGUGCAAUAAUAUUUUGGUAUAUGAAAGCGACUAUGAUAGGGAAGAACUUUUGUCAACAUUCCAUACAAAUGUAUCGUCCCUGUAAGAGGGAAAUAGUUCCAGUGCCAUGGACACUUUCAAUUCCUUAAGUAUUGCAUCUUUUCGUUACACCUGUAGAAUUUGUAAUUUUUAAGCGCCAAUCAAUCAAAUUAGAAAGAAUAACUCAUGAUCUCCAACUUUCAGACAUUUCUAUCUCUUUCACUCAAUUGAUAAAUAUUUAGCGAAUGAAAGAGAAAGAGUAUUGUUACAUUACAUAUUAAUAAAAAUAUACAGGGAGUUUUGUUUCGAAGCAACAAUACGGAAACCGGUGAUGAUCUAAAUUGGUUAUAAAUACUUGUAACCGUCGCGAUUGCUUGCUGUGAGUGACAGAGGAAAGAAAUGACACUUAACAAAACUUAACAUUUAAAAAUCAGAAUUGUUUGUGCUCAUUUUCAAAGAUGGUAGUAAAUUUUGCAAAAUUGUUGCUUCGGACGCACUGUAUUUAUACACGAUAUAAAAGAUUUAUUAUAAGAAUCUUUCGCCUAUGCUAAAUAGUCAAAAGAUAAUUGAAAUUUUGCACUUUAAAAACUAUUACAUCGUUGUCGUAUUGAUGCCAUAUAAUACGUUAU